AUGUUUAGGAAUAUUAUAUCUAAGAGCCUUGGUCCUGGAACUAGCGGUUCCUUAUCAUUGCUAACCACUAAAAAUCUAAUCAACCAGCCAUGUGUUAGCAAUACUGUUUUUCAACGUUCCAUACAUUCUACAGCUCCUUUCUUAGCUACAUUGAACCAAGUAAAAAGAGGUGUUGAACCACCAAAAAGAAAAAAGUUAAAAGUUUCCCCCGAUUUAGAAAAUUGUCCAAUUAGAAAAGGUGUUGUUUUGAGGGUUAUGGUUUUGAAACCCAAAAAACCUAAUUCAGCACAAAGAAAGGCUUGUAGAGUUAGAUUGACUAAUGGAAACGUUAUAUCUGCUUAUAUUCCAGGAGAAGGCCAUAAUGCACAAGAACAUUCAAUUGUUUAUGUUAGGGGCGGACGUUGUCAAGAUUUGCCAGGUGUCAAAUAUCAUGUUAUAAGAGGUGCUGGUGAUUUAAGUGGGGUUGUCAAUAGAAUUACCAGUAGGAGUAAAUAUGGGGUUAAGAAACCCAACAAGGAAUAA